AUGCAUGUGUUUAUGCAUAUUGAUGGUGUGCAACCUCCUUUGUAUGUUUGUAAAUGGUGUGGUGAGGUAUUUUACAGUAAUGUUAGCUUGAAAAAACAUUUGAGAACGAGUGAGAAUUAUCAAGUCUUAACUGCUGGCAACCAUGAAAAUUAUGGUUGUAGUGAUGAGCAUCAUAGCAGUAUCUUCUUGGAUGGUGAGCCAGAUGUUUCUGUCAGAGAACACAAUGAGCAUAAUUCAUAUAAGGAAACUUGGAAAGCUUCAAAGAAGUCCCCUAAUGAUAUAUAUAACACACAUACGGCAAACGAUGCAGAGAAAACAAGUGGUUAUGGAACUUUACCUACAGCUGUUAAUGUCAGUGCCGACUUUGUUGUACUUAGUGCAAACAGAACCCACAAAUGUGAUAUUUGUGGCAAAUCAUUUGCCACCUCGCGUUAUCUCAAGAUACAUAUGCUAUUUCACACUGGAAAGAAAUCUCACAAGUGUGAUAUUUGUGGCAAAUCGUUUGUUUUGUUGGGUAUUCUCAAGAGACACAAAUUAGUGCACACUGGAAGGAGACCUCACAAAUGCGAUAUUUGUGGCAAGUCCUUUGCUGUGUUGUGGGCUCUCAAGACAUACUCAUUAAUUCAUACCGGAAAGAAACCUCACAAAUGUGAUAUUUGCGGCAAAUCUUUUGCUACAUCUGGUUAUUUCAACAAACAUGUUUAA